AUGGCGACAGGUGCUGCUACGAAUUCUAUACCGAAGAUCUUUUCAAAUACAAUCAAUAAACCUAAUAAAACAAAAGAACAACUCUACGGUGUACCUGUCAAAUUUGCUGAUGAUUUAUUCAGUGGUACUAUUAAAAAUCAAAUAAACGAAUUGAUAAAUUCGCCUCAAGUAAAACAACUUAAAUAUACCGAUGAAAAUGCGAUUCGAACAUUUACUUAUGAAAUAACUGAAAACUUAAAACAAAUUAUUUGUCAACAUAUUAAAGCUAAUUAUAAAGUCGUUAUUCAAGUAAUUACUUAUCCAAAAGAAAUCGAAGAAAAUAUUGUAAUUAUGAGUAAAUCUUUAUGGAAUUAUAAAACCGACGAUGUACUUUCGUUGGAAAUCGAAACUGAUGAAUUUAAAUUUUUUAUUCUUAUUCAUGGUGUUGUUGCAUAG